AUGAGCGGGGCCGUGCGCGGGUUCGCGCUGUUGCCGCUGCUGCUGCCGCUGCUACUGCUGCCCCGGGCCGCCCGCGGGGCCGCGGUGUGCGGGCUCUGCCCGGGGCCGCCGCGGAACGGCUCCAUCGUGUCCCGGUUCUGUGAGUCCCAGCGGGACGCCGAGAGCGACGGGCGCUGCUGCCGGGAGCGGGGCCCGGCCCCGGGGCUGCUGCUGGGGCUGGACCUGAGCAACUGCUCCCUGCAGAGCGUUCCCCCGGGACUGGCCGAGGCCACGGCUGCCUUCGUCCUGGACCUGAGUGAGAACCCGCUGACAGCCGUCCCCAGUGCUUCCUUCCGGGGCUUCACCCAACUGCAGAGCCUCGCGGUGCCGCCGGCGCUGGAGUGCCCGGGUGGGAGUGACGCCUGGCAGGACGUGACAGUGGACAGGAGCAGCCGGCUGUGCCAGGGACAGAGGAACACCUGCAACAGCUCCGAGCAGCUUGCCUGGCCAUGUCCUGAAAACUCCGUGUGUGCCCCCGACGGGCCCGGCCUCGUCCAGUGCCUCUGUGAGGGUCCCUUCCAUGGCUACAGGUGCCUGCGAGAGGACACGUUCCCGACGCUUCUCUUCGGAGGAAUCCUGGGCACGGCCACCGUGUCGCUGUCGCUGCUGCUGUGGGGCACGCAGCGGAGGAAGGCCAAGAGCCCCUGAGCAGGGCAGGGCUGGAGGCUCUGGGCACCAUUAAAGCUGCAGGUCCUCGCCGUGUGUCCGUCUGCUUCCUUCCCAGGAAAACGGGUGUGGGGUGGAAUCCAUGGGAGGGGGACCAUGCAAAUUCCCACUGCUGUAGAUACAGAUUAUAAUGUUGGCUUUCCGCAAAUAUUAAAAUGGGUUUGUGUGGGCAGUGUUAGAGUAACUUUGUGAUAUAGUUUUUACUUCUGUUAAUAAUUAAGCUUAGACAUAGUAGUGCAA